UUGCUAAAAGAAAUGGGAUUUCCGCAAAAGGUACCAGUGCAGGUACCUGUGACAGCAAACGCUGCCAUCAGCAUUGUGAAAAAUCCUGGAAAUCACAAAACAAUCAAACACAUUGAGAUCCGCUAUAUGUUUACGAGGGACCUUGUUGAACUCGGCCGCCUUAGAAUA